UAUUUAACCCGAGGAGAGGAGGACCGGAGCAGCGAGAGAGGAAACGUCCAGAUUAACCCAGUAACCCAGCAGAGAGCAGAGCAGCCCGGACGGACGGGAUGGCACUGAAGUGGUCGCGGUUGUCGCUCCUCGUCCUGGGGGUCUUCUCGCUGUGCUGCGCCUCGGCCGGCGACAGCAGCGGCGUGAAGAAGAUGAAGAUGCAGUUUGCCGCAGGGCCUCUUCUCAAAUUUCAGAUCUGUAUCUCCUGAGGGUACAAGCGGGUGUUUGAGGAGUACACGCAGGCUUUGUACCAGCGGUACCCAGACAUCCGCAUUGAAGGGGAGAAUUAUCUUCCUAUGCCCCUCUAUCGACACUUUGCCUCCUUCCUGUCUAUAUUCAAACUGUUUGUGAUUGGGCUGAUUAUUAUCGGCAGGGACCCAUUUGCCCUCCUUGGUAUGCAAGCUCCAGGUAUUUGGGAGUGGGGCCAAGGAAAUAAGAUAUAUGCCUGCAUGAUGGUGUUCUUCUUCAGCAAUAUGAUUGAAAACCAAAUGAUGUCAACAGGAGCCUUUGAAAUCACAUUAAAUGAUGUUCCAGUGUGGUCAAAACUGGAGUCGGGGCACCUGCCCUCCAUGCAGCAGCUUGUGCAAAUCCUGGACAACGAGAUGAAGAUGAACGUUCACAUGAACACACGACACCCCCUCUCUUAACCCUAUUUGUCCAAUUCUUGACUGGACCUGAAAGCCCCCCUUCCCUUGUUCGAGGCGGAUUUCUCACUGAGCUGUGAAGUGAUGUUUAUGAACGUCUGUGCUGAAGGCAGGAAGACUGCUAGCGCAGACUGGAUGUCCCCAUCACUCUUCACCAUGUUCCUUGGAGAAGUCCAGCCCCUGACGCCAGAGCGGGAUUCAUGGCAACAGUGCUGGUCAACCUCUUAUUUUCUUGUACUACUCAUACUACUGCAGAUUUCAUCCAGAAGAUUAGUGGUCCACUAAGCAGAGAUUUAACUUUACUGUAGUCUUUAACUUGUUGCAUAUAAUUGAUCCAUGUUAAUAAAUGAAAAAACAAAAAAAAGUUGUCAUUUGUACUUUUGAGCCAUAAUGUAGGAUUAUGAGUUUAUUGUUCUAAAAAGUGGAUAACACGUAGAAAAUGCAACAUUUGUCAUUAUUGUGAAAAUAACAUUGGGGGAAAAUGUCUGGGUGAUUUCUGAAUAAUUUUUAUAUUUGCAUAACUUGGAGGAAGCAAAGAAGAUUAAAACAAGUAUUUAAAUGUGAA